GUCCCGUUCGUAGUAUACAAAAUACAAUAUAUUUUACACACACAAAUACACAAUUGUUAUAAAUUAUUUAUCUCUGUAGAGCGAUAGUGUGCGCGUGUGCGUUUACCGUGUGUGUGUGUGUGUGCGUGCGAGCGAGCGAGCGAGUUUUAAGACCGUCGUCGGUGCGUUACUAUUACAAUACCACAAUACCACGUCUCUCUCUCACUCGCACCAGUCAUACAUCGACCGUCACGAUACUAUACUCUUUGACGUGCUCUUCGUUGAAAAUGGCGUUUUACAUCUCCGCGGGACGCGACGAGUGACAACGAGUGUCGUUAGUCAGAAAACCCAACAAUACGCCCGCUCAGCGUGCGACGCGUUUACGGUCCUGUUCAUAUUGCUCGCACACGACCCGUCACGCAUACCGUUCACCUCGCACGCGUUGACUGAACCGGUGUUCUGCAGCAAAAGUAAACAUGCCUGGCGCUUAGUAGCCGCCAGCCGUCAGUCCGUCUCGUGUCGAGUACCGCCUUACGUCGGAUAGGUACGCCAGCAACCAGUUCAAUACUGCAGUACGACUUGCGCAAUUCCGACGUUUCUUAUCUCUCGAACGUUCACCGGCCGUUGUUAUUAUCUUUGUUGUUGUUGUUAUUGUUAUUGUUGUAGUUGUAGUAGUCGUGCCCAUCGUCAUGGAAGUCGUCGAAGUCAACGAUUACCAGUGUCAUUCUGACGGCGAAGAAGUCGUUCUACUGGACCUGGACAAGGCGAACGGUGUAGAAGACUCCCCCGAGGUACACGAAGUCACUGUGGACGACGCCAGCAGCAUGGAUGUGUUAGAGACGUGCGACGACGACUCGCAAGAUCGAAUGGAGAUCACUGACGUCGUUAUCGAAAUAAUUCCAAACGAUGGGGGCAAUACGUCUGUUGGUACUGUUGCUGAUGGUGAUGUUUCUGCAUCGUCUAUAAACAACUUGUCUAACGACCAGACAGCCGAGAAAGAAGAUGACGUACAAAUGGAUGUCGAUGUGGAAGACAAAACUGUUAAGCCUACAAAUGAAGUAAAUAAAACCGAAGAAUUAAAUAAAAACACCAAUGACACUACAGACACUAACGAAUCUGUCGCCAAGAGCAAAGAAAAUGCUGAAGAGGCGAGUGAAGUUAACAAUAAAACUAACACAACCAAGAGCUCAGUAAAUGAAACUAAAAAAGCAGAUGGUUCUUUAGUUUUAACCAAAGACAAAGUAACUGUUACAAUUCCCCAACAUAUAGCUGGACGUGAUAUGGCGUCUUUAUCUGAAGAAACACUUCCUCGUUCCGGAAAACGAAUGUUAAAACCUAGAUUUGGUGUUAAAGUACCUUACAUACACAUGACAAGCCAAAUCGUAACACAAGAUGAAAUCGCGAAGGAGUUAUUUGAAAGAUUUCAACAAAAAUAUCCAAUUACCCGUGUUGAUAAGCCAGAUAAAGUGUUUUCAAUGAAAUUAUCACACCGAUUAUCUAAUAACAUUUCUCCAUCAAAAACUCCUGAUGGAAAAUUAAAAGAUGUAUCUAAAACUUCCAAAAAGUUAUCAAAUUCUAAAAAUGAAUUAUCGAAUAGAAAAACUGAAAAAAUAGAUGUAGAUACUAAUAAUAAACUGGCGAUUAGUAAACCCGAUCCUAAUAAUAAGCCAGAUGUUAAACUAUCAAGCUCAACACAAUCCAUAGAAAAUAAUUUAAGUAAUAUUGAAAGUCCAAAUGUUCAGGAAUCCAAUAAUGAUUCCAAAGAAUCCAUGGAAGUUAAUGAUUCUAAACAUAUUGAGCAAAUAACUAACACUCUCCAAAUUUUAGAUCAGUCUGCUGACCAGCAAGUCAAUAAUGUGUCUGAUGAUAAAAACGAUGAAAAGAUAUCUUCUAAUGAAGAAUUAAUUGCUAUACUGGAGGACUUUGAAAAUAUUGAAACACCAGAUACAAAUGGUAAUCAAGUUCCAGAAACACCAAUAUCAACACCGUCAAUACCGACACCAUCAAUACCAACUCCAGCACCAUCAAUACCAACACCACCAAAACAACCAGUAAUGAAAAAGAAAAUAAUCCGAAGCACUACUAGAACUAAAAGAUCUAAACCGAAAUUGGAUCCAGAGCUAGAAAAACAAAUAGCUUUAAAACAGCUUCAAGAAGUUUCAAGACCAAAAAGAUUUGAUUCUCUUUAUGCUAAAAGAAAAUUAGAAAUUGAAAAGAAAAUAUUAGCCAAAAAUGAUCUUAGUUCUGUUUUGAAACGUAAGAAACCAACACCUGAUGAUGUACCUGAAGUUAAAAUAGCUAUUGAUCAAUAUAUUAAAUCGUAUACAGACAAACGUCAAUCAACCGUUAAAGCAGAACCAUCAUCCAAUGAUGAGACUAUUUGUGAGAAUACUGAAGAAGUUGUGCCUGAAGUUAAAACUAAUAAUGUUGUUAAAGCAAGAACAAUGAGAGAAAUUAAUCGUCUUUUAGGUGAUGAAGGAGCAAUAAAUAUGAUUUAUUCGCUUGAAAAAAGAAGAUCUCCUGGUAAUAAUAGUGCAAAGAAUGUUCUUCCAUCAACUAGGCGCAAGAAAAAAGACUUAAUGUUGAAAACUAAAUUAGUUAAAAAUGCCAUGCUCAAAAUGAGUUCUCCGGCUACUGCAUCAUUGUCAUCUAACCGUCUUGGACGCCGUUCAGAUGUAUGUACUCCAUCCAUUUCACCUGAAAAUAAGUGUACUAGGAAAACUUCUAUAGAUUCACAGGGUUCUGAUCAGUCUAUUAAUUUCUCUGGUAGGAAAACAAUUCCUGCUGACGAGUCUAAAAUAAUUAGAAAACAUUCAUCUAGUAGUGAAGCAUCUAGUGUUGGUGGUAGUCCAUUACUUCCAGUUCCUGAAGCUAUACCUAUAAAUAGUUUGCCUAUAAAACACACGCCUGUCAAAGCCCUUAGAGUAUAUACCCGAAAAAAUAAAAAUUCUACUGAUGGAACUAUAUUGAAUUCAAGUGAUCCGCCAUUUGUUGAAGUGAGCAAAGGAACAAGUAAAAAUUUGGUUAAAACCAAAAAUUCUACCAACCCAAAAGUUAAAAAACAAGCAGUACCAGCAUCUACAAAACUUUCGAGAUCAUUAGCAGAAAGCAUUAAAAAAGAGACUGAAGAUACUACGUAUAAUGAAAUCACUUUAAGACGUUAUGAUGGAGUAGUACAUAUUACAUUAACGCCAGUUUCUACUGUUAUGAAAAAUGCUUUAAAUAUAUCAGUAAUGGAAGAAUUGAUGAAAGAGUUGAAUAAUUUAGAAAAUGAUGAUACUUGUAAAGUGGUUCUAGUGUCUUCAGCUGGCAGAAUAUUUUGUCAAGGUUUGGAUAUAGCACCUUUAGUGCAUGAUGAUCCAGAGAAAUGUAAAGAAGCAGCUCUUAACAUUUCAUCAACUCUUAAAAAGUUUAUCACAUGCCUAAGUGAUUUUCCCAAAUUACUUGUAGCUGGUGUUGAUGGAGCAGCAGUUGGACUUGGUGCUACUAUGCUAGUCCAUUUUGACUUGGUUUUUGCUAGUGAUAAAGCAACUUUUGAAACACCAUAUGCACAACUUGGUCAUAUUGCUGAAGGUGCUGCUACAACUAUUUUAGGUAGACUUUUAGUCGCGGAAAUGAUAAUGGGUAGUCAGAGAUUAACUGCUGGACAAGCUCACUAUUAUGGUUUGGUAACUAGAACACUAUGGCCUGAUCGAUUCCACGAUGAACUAAUACCAUUGGUAAAAGCAUUAGCUAGACAGUCAUUACAGGCAAUGAUAACUUCUAAAGCACUUCAAAAACAAGAAACCAAAGAUAAAUUGGCAAAAGCAUUAGAGUCUGAAACACAUAUCUUAGUACAGCAAUGGACUGGUGAUGAAUGUCAACAAAAUUUACAGGCUUACUUGAAAGAUGCAGUUGACAACAUUAAUACCUAACUAUAUAAUGAAUUUAUAAUUUGUUUAGUGUUCACUGUGCGGCCUCAAAAGUUAAUAAUUUUAUGGGGUUAAAAUGCUACUCGUCAGAAACUUAUAGAAAUUUAGCUGAUGUUAAUAGGUAGCCCAAUAUCUAAAUUUUAGAGGAUUUAGAAUAAUUUUUAUACUCUAAUUAUUUCCAACUGAUUCAUUUUUAUAACUAACAAUUGUAUUUUAUUUUAAUUAGGUUUUUUGGUUAGUUUAUUAAUUAUAAGUAAUUACUUAUAAUUAUAAAUUAGUAAUUUUUUUAUUUUUAACCAAUAAAAGGUUCAUUUCACUGGCAUUUAUCAUAGAAAAAGACAGUAUCACAUUUUAGCUCUUUACUUUUCAUUGGCAUUUUAUUAUAUAUAAAUAUUUUUUUGUUUUUGAGCACUGGCCUUUAUAAUUUAUUUUUAUUUAUAUAUAUACAUAUUAUAUGAUAUUUUAUAUAUAUUAUUUUAAAAUAACAAAAAAAACUUUAAUUAUGGUACUCCUAUUUUAUUUAGGUGUAUUUAUUUAAAAUGUUUAAGUUUGAACUACUUUAGUAUACAAUUUAUGUUAUUUCAUUUCUCAUACAUUAUUUAUUGUUAUAAUCUCUGUUCUAUAUUAAUUUAAUUUUUUGAUUUGAAGUAAAAAAAAAGGCAAAAUAUUGAUAUUGCAGAAAAAUCUCAUUUUUUUUUCUAAAUUCUAAAUUAUUUUAAUGUUAUGACAAUGAGAUGUGCAAUUCAUGUUAAAAUAAAAUAAAUUAAAUUUACUUCUGUUUUUUUUAUUUACUCUCAAUUUUCAUAAGUUUAACUGACUGGGCUUAGACUAAAUCUUUACCAAUAGAACAAUAUUAAAAAUGUAAUUUUAAUUGUUAUAUGUUAAUUUUUCAUGUUAGUUUUAUGAUUUUAGUAAAUACAUUUUAAUAAUAUGAUCCUAUUAAAUUUGGCUAUUUAUAUAAUACAUAUAUCUAAUGAUGAUUUAAUAUUUUAAUUUUUAAUCUCAAAAGAUAAUAUUAUAAUAAAUUAUAUAAAUUGUAUUUUGAGUUAAUGUACAGUAUAAAAUAUGAUAAUAUUGCAUAAACUAAAUACUUGAGACUAAUAUUAAUUUAUAUGACUUUUUUUUAGACUUUAAUAUUAUGUUAUUAUUUGAUCUUUAAUAUAUAUACAUUUUAUGUAUUAUCAGAUUAAACAGUGAUCACUAUUUUAUGUUAAAUAUUUAAUUAUUAAAAUAAUGAUGGGUCGGAUUUGUAUUUAGUAAAUAAUAUAUGGAAAUUUCUAUUUUUGUUAAAAGUAACAGGAUGUUAAACGUUAAACAAAUCAUAUUCAAUUUUAAUAAAAAUAAAGAACUUGUAAGCAACA